CCCUCGUCAUUGGACAAACAGCCCAUCACCACGCCUGGAGGCGCAAGCCAUGAUGCCUUUUACUUUGGCGUCACGCCGUUAAUCGCUAUCACAGCAACAAAACAAGAUUCAGGUCUUUAAGGUCACAUAGGCGAUGGUGGGUAAUGAGCAAGGCAUUAAAAGGGGGGUUGGUCUUCGGGUUGCGUGGUAAGCGUAUUCCCAACGGUAAUCCUCCACUCUUCACCCCUUCCACCGAAAACGGACGCUUAAUAUCGCUCACAACAUACACAUCAUGGGCCUCUUCUCGCGUCACGCCGACGAGCCGGCCCCUCAACGCCACCCAGCUUACGAGGAGCGCCAACCACUCUAUGAGCAACCACCAAGAAGGCACGGCCUCUUCGGAAGUAAGCACCGCUCUCCUCCUCGGGAGCCGAUCACUGCCACCCAAAGCACACGGAGCAGCACCACAACGUCGUCUCCCGAUCACACCAGCGGCAGCCAGCGUGGCGGCGGCUUGCUACACCGCUCCUUUGGCAAUGGAAACCGGGAUGAGAUGGACCCCAGCAUCGUAUAAGCCCGGGAGCGCCUCAUGGCCGCCGAAACUGCUGAGAUGGAGGCCGACCGCGCCCUGAUGGCCUCCCGCGAAAGCGUUCGCGAGGCCCGCGAGAACGUACGCAUGCUUGAGCUUGAAGCCAAGGAGGAGGUUAGGAGGGCCAAGAUCAAAGAGCACCACGCUAAGGAGUUCUCUAAGAGGGGAAAGUUGCUGGGGAGUAAGUGGCCUGACUUCGUCACUGCCGUGGACUGAUUGCUGACAUGGCGUAC